AUGCCUGCACCAAAUUCACGACCGUUGUCGCCACCUUAUGACGAGUACUCGUCGAUAGUUCCCGGAAUUGCUGGCCGGGUACCCAAUUGUCCCAAGGCUAACCGUCGUCGGGUUGACCGUGGCGUUCGUUUUUACGAUAGCUACAGACCCAGCUAUAGUCCCGGUGCGGACCACGCUAUUUCUCCACGAACACCAAGCCUUUCUCCGGGAGACCAUGUAAAGGACAUAUACGUGAAAGCAGAGGAGAGCCAUACAUGCAACUAUGCGGCCAGUGGAGGGGUUCCCCCGGGAGUCAACGACCAGGAAGAAGUAUUAGCUGAAGGCUUUGCCCGCAGGCAACGCGAUCUGGCUAAUGCCGCAGCACAAAGAGCAGUAGACGGCAAAUACCCGACUCGAGGACGGAGUCAAGUCACCAACUCAUUACAUUUCGGUGACAAGGAUACAUCUCGAAUAUGGGGACCUGACGCAAACGGAGCAGCUGGUGUUCCUGGCCCUCGCAUUAAACGUGAGUAUUCUACAGGGUUAGAAGAAGGGGAAAUACCCAGGUACCACGAAGAGAGCAGCCUGUUCGUUUCCCAGUACGACGCCGUUCCCAUGAUGGACAUAGUCCCCGAACGGCGCGCAGCUGUAAACCCUAAUACUUCUACGCCGACUCCUCGCCCGGCUACGCCAAUUCCGAAAGAAGUCCCCAAGCCAUGUGUAUGCGCGAUAGACCACGACUGUCCACACAAACACCAUACGCUCUCAGAUUGUCGUACACUGGUCCAGGAGAAUCCCGAGUGGGAGAAGAAGAAGAAGGAGUUUCAAGAAAACUACCACUCAGAACUCUCCCUCAACGACAACCCUCAGGAAGAGACCUUUGUGGGACUACAAGAAGCGCACACUUUCCGUAAACGGCUUGCCACCGUCAUACAGCGAACUCACCAGUCAAAGCUUUUACACGAUGAUUUCCAAAACCUUGCGGGUUCGGUUCGGAUGUUCCAAUACAACUCAGUCACCAAAGAUACAUUAGUAGAGUCUCGUCUUCUGGACCGCCUUAAAAUCUUUCUCAGCACAAGCAACAGACCGCGGCUAGCAACCUUACAGCUUCCAAAUGAGUUGAUCGAAGAUCUAACCAUUCUCCUGACGAAAUGGCAGGCCGAGGACUUUAGUGUUCGGGCCCGUCGAGGCUGUCGCUACAAUCCGAAAACAAACCAAUGGUCCAUUGAACCCGACUGUCAGUUUCGACGCAAGUCGGACUACUAUGGUCACGGCCACCUUGUCAACGGGCAAGUCUGGCUCUACCGGAUCGAUAUGGUACGUGACGGCGCGCACGGCGCAACGAGGGCCGGCAUCGCAGGGACCAUUGACAACGGCGCAACCAGCAUCGUAGUCAGUUCCAAGAAAUCCAGGAACAACGAAUACGCCGACGUCGAUCGAAGAGAAUACGUCGAAUACAUGAGCACUGCGCUAAAUCGCGAAGAAGACGACAGGGAGGCCACAAAUAUCAAAGACAAAGACGAGCAUCGCGCCGACCGCGUCACGAGGAACAGCAAAGGCCAAGAACUCACCGAUGAUACCAAGAAGCUCAUCACAUCCUACCGGACGGGCAAGCCUGUGCGCGUUUUCCGCGGGUUUCGGCUGCGGAAGAUCGUGCCCCUACGACCGAAAGUAGGGUUCCGUUACGAUGGACUUUACGUCGUCACCAACUACGAGCUGCUCAACCAGGACAGGCAAAUCUACAAGUUCUACCUUGAGAGGUUGAAGGACGGGCAAGGACCGAUCAGGAACGUGUCGGCGCCGAUUCAUGACGAUGACAAGGGAAGGCCGAGUAGGAAACGAAAACGUGACCGAGCCGAGUAA